ACUUGUUUACUAUAUCAUCUUUUCUAUACCACUUCCCUAAAAUCAUCUCCUCCCAAAUCUAUUCUUCUUCUUUGACUAUUCCUCAACCUCAAUACAUAUUGUGCAGGCACCAUGGCAGCAGCCUCCUCAGCUCUGUUCAACCCCACCUUCUCCUCCAUCCAGAAGAACCAUCUCACCCCUUCCAGCAUCUCAUUCCAAGGCCUCAGACCCCUCAGCAAGGGCAAAACCUCACUACCCAAGGUCGCCCUCACCGCAAGGAACUCAUCUGCUAGGCUUGCUGUCAAGGCAGAGCUCAGCGCCCCGCUUGUGAUAAGCCUCAGCACGGGUCUCUCCCUCUUCUUGGGUAGGUUUGUGUUCUUCAACUUCCAAAGAGAGAACGUGGCGAAGCAAGUGCCUGAGCAAAACGGCUUGACCCACUUUGAGGCUGGGGACACAAGAGCCAAGGAGUAUGUUAGCCUGCUCAAGUCCAAUGACCCUGUGGGAUUCAACAUCGUCGAUGUUCUUGCUUGGGGGUCCAUCGGCCAUAUUGUUGCUUACUACAUCCUGGCCACCUCCAGCAAUGGCUAUGACCCCAAGUUCUUCGGCUGAAACCUCAUCUUCACUUCUUCUGCCGUAUUUUGCAACCAUUGUAUAGUUUUCUCUAUUAGUUGGGGGAGGUUGGAUUUCUUGCGUCUCUCCUGUUUGAUUUCUGGGUUUUCUUGGAUGAAUAUGUUUACUUGGUUGGUCAAAGAAAAUGGCAAUGGGACUGUAUCGUUUAAGUUUGUGUUGA